CCAAUCGUCAGAACUGUCAAUUUUCUUCUAUCGCAGAUUUACGUUCAAAAUUCUCUGUGUUCGAGGAUGAUGUGAAAAAAAUUGUGUAGUGUAGCAUACACAAACAGUCCUAAAUUUGCGUUUGUACUAAAUCUUGUUCUUUCCUAAUGAAUUAGUCGCGUGUUUUUCCUCCUGCCAUCGGCUAAAUUCCAAGUGAUUCUCCAAAAUUUUCGAAGAAGAUGAUCGAAAGCUAACAUGCAAAACUACGCCUCCCUCCAAGAGACCCACGAGCCGGACGAGGAAGGCGGCGUUCUUGUGCACGUCGCCGAGCCGUCCCGCGCCCGUUGGAACCACAUUGAAGAUCUCGACUCGUUUUUCUCUCGCAUGUACCAAUACCACCAACGUCACGGCUUGUACUGUAUGCUCCUCCAGGAAGUCCUCGAACUCAUCCAAUUCGUCUUCAUCGUCGUCCUCACCGCUUAUGUUUUCCAUGGAAUUAACUACCCUGUCCUCUUCAAAGACGUUCCUCCACCAACCAACGCCACCAAAGUCACUCUCCACGACGUGGUCCUACCGUUCGGCGAAUGCGUCUCGAAUUUCAGUGCCCUGACUUGGAUCGCACUCAUCAUCGCCAUAAUAGUUUGGAUCCUCAAACUCAUUCGAGGAGUCUACCACUUUUUCCACUUCUGGGACAUCAAGCAGUUCUACAACACGGCUUUGAAAAUCGAAGAUGGGGAAUUGGACAACUUGACUUGGCACGAAGUCCAAACGAAGGUGCGAACAGUCCAGAUCGAGCAACAGAUGUGCAUCCACAAACGGGAACUGUCAGAAUUGGACAUCUACCACCGGAUUUUGCGCCAACAGAAUUACCUCGUCGCUAUGGUUAAUAAAAGAUUGCUUCCGCCAAGGCUCAAAGUGCCAUUUUUGGGCGAAGUUGUGUAUUGGACGUCGGGGUUGAGACUCAAUAUCCAGUUGUUAUUUUUCUGGUCGCCGUGGUCGCCCUUCGAACAUCCGUGGCACCUACGCGAAGAGUACAAAAAACCGAAUUUGAGACACGACUUGGCAAAUCAGUUCGGCAAACACAUCCUCUGGUUGGCUUUAGCGAAUCUCGUUUUUGCCCCAAUUAUAUUCCUGUGGCAGAUUUUGUACGCGUUUUUCAGUUACGCAGCUAUUAUACGCAAAGAACCGAGUUUGUUGGCAGUGAGACGGUGGUCGCUCUAUGGCCGACUCUAUUUGAGACACUUCAACGAGCUCGAGCAUGAGUUACAAGCGAGGUUGACUCGGGCCCAUCGUCCGGCCUCCAAAUACCUGGCAGCUUUUACAUCCCCUCUGGGGACGAUCAUUUCGGAAAAUAUCGGGUUUUAUGCCACCUCAUUCUUGGCUGUUUUAGUCGGACUGUCCAUCAUCGAUGAGGAUGUUUUAACAGUGGAACAUGUCUUGACAAUUAUGACUUUUCUAACAGUCGCUGUGGCCGUUUUGCGGUCCUUAGCCCCGGAUGAAACCACCUCAAGUGACUUAGAAGAUUUACUAACAAAAGUCGUCUUGCACACCCAUUACUUACCCACGGAUUGGGUCGGACAAGCCCAUACGGCCCGCGUGCGCAAAGAAUUCGAACAGUUGUUCCAAUACGGCUUUGUCAGUCUAUUAGAAACGAUUCUUUCACCUUUGCUCACCCCCUAUAUCCUCUGGCGGCAUAUCUACCCCCGUGCCAUCGAAAUCGUCGACUUUUUCCGGAACUUCACAGUGUCCGUGGUCGGGGUGGGCGAUGUGUGCAGUUUCGCCCAAAUGGACGUACGCAAACACGGAAACCCGGAGUGGCACGAGGAGGAGAUCUCCGUGCCGGACCAGUACUCGCAGUGCGAGGACGGCAAAGUCGAACUGAGUUUGGUGCAUUUCAAGUGCACGAAUCCGAGCUGGAAACCCCCGGACAGCGUGCAAGCCUUCGUGAAAAACGUGCAGAAUCAAAGCAGCAUGAUCGCGUCGCUGAGUAAUCAGGAUCCGACCAGAAUGGAUGAGAGUUUAGGGGCGUGGAGGAUCGGGGAACCGUGUUCGGACGGAGCAUUGGGGGCCAGUGUGAUGUUACGAAGGAGUGCCGAGUAUCACACGAGUCGCAUGUGGACGAACGAGGGGAUCUCACCCAUUAGUAUAAGGGAUAUGGCUUUAAACGCGACUUACUUGCAUAGUAUACAUAGUAAUAGGACUGAGAAUAGAGUGCGGAAUACUGCCCAAGAAACAACGCCUUUAUUGUCAAACCGUUGACUAGUCUAAAUUUUUUAUUAUUCUAACUUAAAUCUCGUAAGAAAUGUAAUAUAUUUAAGAAUGUUCACAAUAAAGUUUAUUAUUUGUCUAUUAA